CUGUUACGCAUUAUCUCGCGAGAACUUCGACAUGGCAGCCUCCAGGACACGCAAACUGUUCUGUGUAUUUUUACAUUUUACACUGCUUAGUUUUUCUUUCGUAACAUGUAGCACGAUAGAGGAGAUGAACAGCGUGGAACUCAAAUCGGCUAUGCAAAAACAUUUGAGAAUGGUUGUAUAUUUUUAUACAGAUGACUGUACAGAAUGUGAAAGGCAGUUGUCAGAACUAGAGAAGAUAGCCACUGCUCUUGAUGAUUCUGUGUUAGAAGGUAUGCCAGUUGUCAAAGUAAAAAGUGUCCAGACUGCUGCUAAGUAUGGAGUUAGUAAAUUCCCAAGCUUGGUGUAUUUCCGCUCAUCUUAUCCUAUGUUAUAUGGAGGGGAUGCAGUAAUGGCUGAGGACGUGUUUCCCUGGCUGGAGAGAAACGUGGAGGUGGUCACCAGAGAACUGACAGAUGAAGACUUUGAGCACUUGACCCAGGCUGCCACUGGGGCCACAACUGGAGACUGGUUUGUUAGUUUGUAA